ACCAAUCUUUGCCCUAAAUAUUUUCGCCCAGCUGCAAAAAUGACAACUCUCAACACAGAUUUGGGAUUGAUUAUCUCCGGCGAGGGCUCCAGCGGCGCCGGCAAGUCGUCGUCGCCGUCAUCAUCCGCUGGUCCAUCUUCUUCCAAGAAAGCAAAACGAUUCGAGAUCAAGAAAUGGAACGCUGUUGCUCUAUGGGCUUGGGAUAUUGUUGUGGAUAACUGUGCAAUUUGCAGAAACCACAUUAUGGAUCUCUGCAUUGAAUGUCAAGCCAACCAAGCUAGUGCAACAAGUGAAGAAUGCACUGUUGCUUGGGGUGUUUGUAACCAUGCAUUCCAUUUUCACUGCAUUAGUAGAUGGUUGAAGACCCGUCAAGUGUGUCCUUUAGAUAACAGUGAGUGGGAGUUUCAGAAGUAUGGUCAUUAGGAGGAGGAAGAAGAAGAAGAAGAGGAGGAGGAUCUAUGUGCAAUUUGUAGUGUCUGUAAUCAGCUAUAUCUACUCUUCAUUGUUAUAUUGAAUGCUGCUUUUGAAGUGGAACCAUUAUUUUGUGUCUUCUU